AUGAUACGAUUUAUUCAACGUUUACUUAAAUAUACAUCAAUAAAACAUAUUGAUUAUCAAUUAUUAAUUGAUUCAUUUGGAAAACCGGAAAAACAUUUAUCAAUGUUUAAUAUUGUUCAUAUUAUUGAUAAUUGUCGAGCAGAGUUCUUUGCUGCACAUCAUGAUUAUAUAGAAAAAUUUCAAGUUAUUGAACUUCAACAAGAAUUGACAACAAUAUAA